UCAUGGGGAGUCUCCCAGAUGGCCACCAGGUGGCCCUGGGCCAAGCUGGGAUUGGAGCCUGGGCUGACCUAGGCCACGGCCCGGGGAGGGUCCGGCUCACAGGGGCUUCCUUGGGGAGGCCUCACCCAGCUCCUCCUCUGCUGUCACCCACUGGGUCCUGGCCCUGCUCCCACCCCAUUCUGCUGUGUGUUUGCACAAGGACCAUGGCCUGUCCCACCCCGCCGCGACUGCUGGUUAAUAAGCAACCUGGCUGCUGAGGGGGGCUGCCCAGGCACAUAAAGAUUUCCCAGGUGCUGGAGAGCAGCAGCCCCUCGCACCCCGUCUGUGAGAGGAGAAUCUCAUCAACGCCCAGACCAUGUCCCAGCUGGUGGAAUGUGUCCCCAACUUUUCAGAGGGGAGAAACCAGGAGGUGAUUGACGCCAUCUCCCAGGCUGUGACACAGACCCCAGGCUGCGUGCUGCUGGAUGUGGACACAGGCCCUUCCACCAACCGUACUGUGUACACCUUUGUGGGGCGGCCCCAGGAUGUGGUGGAGGGGGCCCUCAAUGCCGCCCGGGCCGCCUCCCGGCUCAUUGACAUGCGCAGGCACAAAGGGGAGCAUCCUCGGAUGGGCGCCCUGGACGUCUGCCCCUUCAUCCCGGUGAGGGGGGUCACCAUGGACGAGUGUGUGCUCUGCGCCCAGGCCUUUGGCCAGCAGCUGGCAGAGGAGCUGGGCGUGCCAGUGUACCUCUACGGCGAGGCGGCGCAGACAGCCAGUCGCCGGACCCUGCCGGCCAUCCGGGCUGGGGAGUAUGAAGCCCUCCCUGAGAAGCUCAAGCAGACCGAGUGGGCACCUGACUUUGGCCCCAGCAACUUCGUCCCCAGCUGGGGCGCCACUGUCACAGGGGCCCGAAAGUUCCUCAUCGCAUUCAACAUCAACCUGCUCAGCACCAAAGAGCAGGCACACCGCAUUGCCCUCAACCUGCGGGAGCAGGGCCGCGGGGAGGGCCAGCCAGGACGCCUGAAAAAGGUCCAGGGCAUUGGCUGGUACCUGGAUGAGAAGAGCCUGGCUCAGGUGUCCACGAACCUCCUGGACUUUGAGGUCACAGGGCUGCACACUGUCUAUGAGGAGACCUGCAGAGAAGCCCAGGAGUUGAGCCUCCCAGUGGUGGGCUCCCAGCUGGUGGGCCUGGUGCCUCUGAAGGCUCUGCUGGACGUGGCCUCGUUCUACUGCGAGAAGGAGAACCUCUUCGUCCUGGAGGAGGAGCAGCGCAUGCGGCUGGUGGUGAGCCGGCUGGGCCUGGACUCCCUAUCCCCCUUCAACCCCAAGGAGCGGGUCAUCGAGUACCUAGUCCCCGGCGGGCCGGAGCAGAGCCUGGUGGACAAGCCCCUGCGCACCUUCAUCCGCGAGGUGGGCGCCCGCUCCGCAGCCCCGGGGGGCGGCUCGGUGGCGGCGGCCUGCGCAGCCCUGCUCACACCCGUCUGUGCCCAGGGCGCGGCGCUGGCCUGCAUGGUGGGCCUGAUGACCUACGGGCGGCGGCAGUUCGAGGCCCUGGACGCGGCCGUGCGGCGCCUGGUGCCACCCCUGCACGCGGCCUCGGCGGCGCUGAGCGCGCUGGUGGACGCGGACGCGCGGGCCUUCGAGGGCUACCUGGAUGCAAUGAAGCUGCCCAAGAACACAGCCGAGGAAAGGGACAGGCGCAUGGCUGCCCUGCAGGAGGGGCUGAGGCGGGCUGUGGCCGUGCCCAUGCAGCUGGCAGAGACGGUGGCCUCCCUGUGGCCAGUGCUGCAAGAGCUGGCCCUAUGUGGGAACCCCGCCUGCCGGUCGGACCUGCAGGUGGCAGCCAAAGCCCUGGAGAUGGGCGUGUUUGGUGCGUAUUUCAACGUGCUUGUCAACCUGACUGACAUUGCGGACGAUGAGUUUAAGGAGCAGACCCGCCAGCGCAUCUCCAGUCUCCUCCAGGAAGCCAAGGUGCAGGUGGUGCUGGUGCUGGACCGCCUGGGGGCCCGGCAGGAGUGAGGGCCGCGCAGGCCCCUGUGCCCUCCAUGGCCCCUUCCCGUAGGGGCCCGCUCAGCCCAGCAGUGGAGGGCGGUCUCCAGACACGGUCCCCGUGGAGCCCUGGGGGCGGGCUGUCGGCUGUGUCACCCCUGUCACUGUGACCCCUAGUAAAGCAUGAUACACCGGUGCCUCUGGUGUGUGAGGGCUGGGGCUGGGCCCGGCACAGCGGGCGGGUCGGGGGACCCCGAGAUGAGCGAGCAUGGGGAGACAGAGUCGGAGGAAGCAGGGCACAGCGCGAAGUGUCACGCAGGCUCCAGGGUCCCACAGACAUGUGUGACUGCCAGUGGGGCCUGGGCUGGCUAGGGCCACUCAGAGCGCCGGGGCCCCACGGGGCUCAUCCCUGGCUGCGUGGCUUGGUGGGGGUGGCUGCCCCGUGGCCCAGGCAGGCGAGGACUAGGAGGGACCCGUGUGCAGGAGUGCCUGGGGGUGAUGGCGAUCUGCCUGGGUCCCCAUGUCCCGGUGGGGUCCUGGGAGGGGCGGGCACUGGUUUCUCACUUGAGUGGGAGCUCAGGGGCCAUGGUGAGUGAGGGGGUCCCAGGAGGGCGGCUGCCCCAGCCUCCAGCCCAGGGCCCCUCUGCCUCCUGCCUGUCUACCUGCAGGGCCUAAGUGGCUCAGGGCAGGGAGGGGGUGUGGCAGGGAGCCCCAGGGCUUCUCCAGGGCCCCGGGCUGGGGGCAAUGGCACCAGCCCCAGCCCCAUCAGCAGCCCAGGUUUGAGCGCCACCUGCUUAGCACGACAGAGCUGAAGAGGGCAGCACUGUGGGGCCGUGGACUGGACUCCAUGGGGUGGCAGAGGGCGUGGGGUUGCAGCGGACCCGCCCUGCUGGGGGGAUGUCCGGAGAGGCCCCAGGUGGGGGUCUGUGCUCCCCAGAGGCUGGGAGCUGCAUGUGAGUAUGGUCUGCUUUGCGGGAGGAGGGCCUCGCCGCUGGCUGCAGGCUGAGAUUCUCCUGAUUUAAUCAUUUUAAGUGAGCAGUGUGUUGAGUAGCUCAAAAGCCAAAAGGACACAGGGACUCCCUGGAGAAGCCUGUCUGCCUGGCCCCACCCCUCCACACCUCCUGCAGGAGCCCUCGUGUUCUGUGUGUCGGGCUCAUUUAGUGUUUAUUUGCACAAACGCAAGUGCAUGGGAAUUUAUAUUCCUAAUUCUCCCUUCAUGGCGUAGCAGAUUAUAUGCUGAAUUUGUUUCUACUUAACAAGAUGGCCAGAAAAUCUUUCAUAUCCUCAGUGUUUAGAAAGACUCCAACAUGAAAUGUGCUUUAUUCUCUUCCCAUUUCCUGUGUUUUUUCUUAACCGUUUCCUUGUGAAACAAGAUGCUGGAGAAAGGGGCCCCAAACAUGGCCAAUAGCUCAGCGAUUUGUGACAGUGUGUCCUGGGUGGCCAUCUCCCCACCAUGGCAUCCUCCUUACCUGGCCCUCGGCCUCUCACCCUGCUCCAUGGCGCCUGUGCCCUGCUUUCCUGUAGACCCGUCUGGCACAGGCACGCUCCGGGACAUGAUGGUUCAGUUUACCCUGCUUGCUGAACUUUCAAUCGGUGGGAUCUGUGUGCCACCUGCCCCCGAGGCAGCUGCUGCUCAGUGUGGUAUGUGUGAGUCCCACCUACUGGGUGCUGGACAGUCACGCUCCUCAGAGAAAAGCCUUUUGCUUACCACGUGCCUGUGUGCACGGGGCUUUUGUCUGUCUCUGGCAUGCGAUGUCCUGCACAAGGCUCGCAUGGCAGGUGGAGCCACUGAGUGGUGGGGUGUCACCUUCCUGAGGGCUGCAUUGCUACAUGGCCCCAUGGCUCCCACGGCAGAGUGCAUCCAGGCCCCUUUCCCCUCACUGCAGUGAAGUGUGUCCCUGCUCAUGGACACCGGGCCCAGCCACACUGCGCCGUGGCCAAGGGAAUGUGGGCAGGAGGGAUGGCACAGUGCCUACCCUGGGCCAGAGGAGGCUCUCAUUUGCACUCACCCCUUGGGUGGCUUCUGACCUCCACCUGAGAACAGCUUUCCCUGAACCGCUGCUGCCAUAGGCUGGAGACCCAGAAAGAACCCAGGGCAUGAGCGUCCCCACUGCGCACAGCCCCGGUGUGGGUGGGGCCUGAGCAAGUCCCUGAGGGUGAGGUGCCCCUGGCCACUGAUCCUCGAGUGCAGUAAAUGCUCAUGGUCCUGCCCGUGGCUUUCCAGCUGGUGGUUACUGAGCUGCAGGACUGAUGCCCUUCCCAACAGAACGUGCUGUAAAACAUCAGGGCUUUUGCCCCAGAAGGUGGCAGAGGGCAUCAGUGUGGUUUCACUGUCUUUGUUAGUCUGAAAUCGCUCGCCCAUGUUUCUCUUCUGUGUUCUGCUUGGAUGCAUGACCUGUUUCCCUGUUGGGAACUUGGCUGUCAGGUCCUAAACACCCACCAGUGUCCUGCACCUUCCUGGGGACGUCUCCCUGGGGACAAGGGGCCUGCUGUGGCAAUCUUCUGCCCCCAGGAUGUUACCAUUAGAAAUAACUUAAAAAGUCACCAUGCCCAAAAUUCCUUCCUUCCAAUUCACAUGUUAUAAAAAAGUGUACUUAUUAGAUAGUAACGCAGGAUAUUAAAGGAAAAUAACUUAGGAAGUACAUUCUUCUUAAGUAGGACAGAGAACCCACAUACCUUAUAGGAAAAAUUUACUACUUGAAAAUUUAAGAACUUGUUUCUGGUGAAAAACAUCGUAUCCUAAGGUAAAUGACAAGAAUCCUAUCGGAAGGAAAAAAAAUCCAGCUUUUGUAACAGGCAGAGAGUUACUAUUGACCAACAUAACAAGCUCCUAUAAAUCAAACUGAACAGGGCAGGGCACCAGGAAGAAGUUGGCGUGCGUGUGCACCCAUAUGGUUUUUUUUUUUGUGUGUGUGUGUGUGUGUGUGAGCACGUAUGUGUGGAUGUGUGCAAAUGCAAGGGAAGGUCCCCAGCAUGGCUACCUCCUAGGAGGGCUGGUUUGGGAGGCACAGGGGCCGCUCUGACUUCAGCUGUGCCUUUC